CACGCUGCCACUUCUUUCUCACUUCUUCCUUGCUGCUCUCUAUGGCAUAGAAUCCGGGCAGCUUUGUGUUAUCCUCCGCCAACUCAUAUACCAUGCCGUCGGCCAACGUGACAGACUCCGCACAGCUCCGGUCUGCAUCCAAGACGAACCAGAAGACUGAGCUCCCUGCACCGAGAGUCCCCCCUCCGGAGUCGUCUCUGGUCGCAGAUCAUUUCUACUGGACAUACUCGGAUGAACCGCACAGAUCAAGACGGCAGGCUAUUAUUAAAGCGCAUCCAGAGGUAAUCAAGCUCUGCGGACCGGAACCUCUCACGAAAUAUGUCGUCCUCGGUGUUGUAUUCCUGCAAAUCACCUGUGCAUACCUCCUCCGCAACACCUCGAUACUCUCAUGGCCCUUUCUCGUCACCGCAUACGUGAUGGGAGCCACUGCCAACCAGAACCUGUUCUUGGCUAUCCAUGAGAUCUCGCAUAAUCUCGCCUUUAAAUCUCCCAUGGCCAACAGGGUGUUGGCUAUUAUUGCCAAUUUGCCCAUUGGGAUUCCAUAUAGUGCUGCGUUUCGGCCAUACCAUCUUACCCACCACAAAUCCCUUGGAGUUGCAGGCCUAGACACCGAUCUCCCCACAGCCCUGGAGGCCUUCUUCCUCGAUUCGCUCCUCGGAAAGGCCUUCUUUUGCACCUUCCAGAUCUUCUUCUACGCCCUCCGUCCCAUGUUCAUCUACAGCCCCCCUUUCACAUCCAUCCACCUCCUCAACGUAAUCACCCAAUUCACCUUUGACUAUACCCUUGUCAAGUUUUCAAACGGCUCCAUCCAACCACUACUAUAUCUACUCACGAGCUCCUUCCUCGCAGGCUCCCUCCACCCCUGCGCAGGCCACUUCGUCUCAGAACACUACUUCUUCUCGAACGUCAAAUCCGGCGGGACGGAAUCACUCCAGGAACGGAAAUUGAAACAGAAGAAAAACUCAACAGGUGACGAUAAAAAACUACAGUCCCAUCCAAUGGACACCCUCCCUCCGCCAGAAACAUAUUCAUAUUACGGCCCACUGAACAUCCUCACGUACAACGUAGGCCUGCACAAUGAACACCACGACUUUCCCGCUGUCCCGUGGACAAAAUUACCCGUCCUACAUCGCAUGGCGAGGGAGUUCUACGAGCCGCUUCCCUGUCAUCGGAGUUGGGUUUGGGUUAUCUGGACUUUUAUCCUUGAUGAGAAUGUGGGUAUGUGGUGUCGUGUGAAGAGAGCGCGCGGGGGGAGAUUAGUUGGUGGCGGUGGUGGAGCAUCGAGGAAUCAGAAUGGACGUGGUGGUGAGGGGAUUUCUGCUGCUACCUCGUCUGGUGGAGGUAAAAAGGAGGAAGAAGAGGAGGAUGAUGGGUGGAAGGAGAGUGAGAUUCAAUAUUGAAUAUUGAAUGGAUAUGAAUAUGAGAAUAUAUAUAUAUAUAUAUACAUGAAUAUGAUCUGAUGGAAUGAACAGAUAUCAGUCAUGAAAGAAUGAGAAUAAAAGAUAUGAGAAAUACCAAAAGGCA